UAAGUCAGCAUAUCUAAGUGCCAGAUGGGUAAUGUGUUAAGAUGACCUUAUAUUUACACUAAAGUCAUUAUAUAAGGUUGUGUUGUGAGUACGUGUUAUAUGAAUCGUUGUGCCACCUAGAACUUUUCAUCUUGGAUGGAUGCCUGUUUAUCCAAUCAUUAAGAGAACACCCCACGAGGGGUCAUAGCUUAAGGUUGAAGAAGCCAGAAGUUGAGAAAACUGUAAGGGCAAACCUUUUUGGCGUGUGUUAGUUGUGAACUCUUGACAAAAUCUGUCAAGUGUUGUGAUGACACCGAGUUUGAUCUCAUUCAAGACCAGACUUGACCAACCCUGGUGCAGGUACAGAUACAUUAUGGAACCAGUGUAUACAUGCCCAAUACAGUACUUGCCAACAGAGACGUGACCAAAUCACCCAAGUGGCUGACAAGUGACCAAGAGAAUAAAUUCAAUACCUAGUCUGUUAUGGAAAUAUGAUAAAACAACAAUGGCUUCCUCUGCUUCUCGUUCUGAAGUGGAUGAAGAAAGAUGUUACUUUGGAAAAAUCACAAGUGAUGAAGCAAAGGAAAUCUUAUUAAAAGACGGAGGAGAAGAAGGAACAUUCCUCAUACGGAAAAGCUGCUCGUCUAGAGGAAACUAUGUCUUGUCAUUCAUCACUGAAGGUCAUCCAAUACAUAUUCUGAUUCAAAAAUACAAAGAAGAUGCAUUUUUUUCUCUUGUGGUUGCAGAUGAAGCCCCAGUAUUCCAUGGCUUGGACACUCUGAUAACUCAUUAUUGUAGUAACCCAGUUGGGGCUUCAUCCACCAUCCUGAGCCACCCUUGUGUAGGAAAACAACUGCCUGCUGAAGUUAGACUUCAUGGCUCUUCCAGUCUUCUUCACAGAUCCACCAGUCAAGGCAACAUAAACAUUGUGUUAGAACUACUUAAAUGUGGCUAUAAGAAAAUUGAUGAGAAAAAUAACAAUGGUCAAACUGCACUUCACAUAGCAAGUAUGAAGGGCUAUGAAGAAAUUGCAAAGAUGCUCCUAACGUCAAUGGCCUAUGUUGAAGUUCGUGAUGAGGAAGGAGUAACACCAUUACAUCUUGCUUCUAGAUACAAUAGACCUGGUAUAGUACGACUCCUUGUAGAGAAGAGCAAAGCUGAUAUCCAAAGCAGAGCUACAAAUACAGAUGCUGUUCCAUUGCAUGAAGCUGCUGAGCACGGCAAUACUGAAUGUGUGAAGACACUCUUGUCUCUCGGUGCCCCGUCAUGCCCUCGUAAUUCCAGAAUGGAAAUCCCACUUGAUCUUGCCAAGAAGAUGGGUCACAAAGAAUGCUACCAAAUUUUAGUGCAUCAUCGCCCUCCUGCUUGUUGUUACACCCUCAAGGACUAUUAUCAUGGAAGAAUUGAUCGUCACUUGGCACAGGAACGUCUUCUCGGUUCUCCAGAUGCUAAUUCAGGCCAUUUUCUUCUACGUCAAAGUACGAGAAAACAAGACAAAUAUGUGUUGACCUUGUUGUUUCAAAAUCAGUUAUAUAAUUAUGAAGUUUCUGGUAAGGGGGAGAUGUUUUACAUUGAUGAUGGCCCAUACUUUGUCUCUUUGGAGACUAUGGUAGACCAUUACAUUCGCUUUAUGGAUGGCAUGCCAAGUCAUCUAAUAAAGCCUGUCCCUCCACCUCAUCCAUUGUCAGAGGAAAUAACAAAAAACAUAACAGCAAGACAUCCACAUGUCAAUCCCAAUCUUCAUGAAAUGUUGGCCUGUGAAGACAGUGAUGGAAAUCCUAGCUCUUCUGAACAACAACCCUUGCUCUCUGCAUCAAGUCAAGAAGAUCUAAAGGCACAUCCCUCAUAUACUUUGGAGGUGCCAAGUGCACAAAAUCCUAACAUUGUUAUUACAAAAUCAGAAUCUCGACUCUCUCAAGAUUUAAUUGAUCUGCAAGAACCAGAGCGAAUGUAUGAAAGGUCAUCGAGUAGAUGCAGCAAUUGCCAACCGAAAGUACCCUCCAGGGAGUCCCUUAAAUUAGAUUUAAAGAGUUUGACCAUCACUAACAACCCAGAUACCGCCUAUGUCUGUGGUAGCAGCCCAACUAUGGAUGGAAACAGAACAGAUGAAAUCUUUGGUGAAAUUGACAUCAAACGUCUUACUGUUGGACAGUGUCUAGGAAAUGGUGAAUUUGGAUCUGUAUUAAAAGGCAUUUGGUUAAGUCCUUCUGGGGAUAAGAUUGAUGUUGCUGUAAAGACACUUCAUAAUGAUGAUAAAGUCAAUAAAAAAAACUUCCUGAAAGAAGCAGAAGUGAUGAUGAACCUCAACCAUCUGUAUAUUGUAAAAUUGGUUGGUGUCUGCCAUGGACCUCCAGUAGCUAUGGUUCAAGAAUUGAUGGCUAUGGGUUCCUUACUUGAUUUCCUUCUGGAACAUGAAAAAGAUAUAUCUGUUGAUUUUCACCUCAAACUUUGGGCUGCACAGAUUGCUGAAGGAAUGAUGUAUCUUGAGCAAAAGCAUUUUGUUCAUCGUGACCUGGCAGCACGUAAUAUCCUGUUAUCAUCUGUGACUUUGGCUAAAAUUAGUGACUUUGGUCUUUCUCGAGCUCUGGGAGUCGAUAAAGAUUAUUACACUGCAAGUGAUGGAGGAAAAUGGCCUCUGAAAUGGUAUGCUCCUGAAUCCAUUUACUAUGGCACAUUUACUCACAGUAGUGAUGUAUGGAGUUAUGGUAUAACAUUGUGGGAGAUGUACACAUUUGGUAAUCAACCGUAUGGUGAACUCCCAGGACAUAAAGUUGUAGAAAUGCUGGAGAGCAAAGAGAGACUUCCCAAACCAGAGAAAUGUCCCAAAGGAGUGUUCGACCUAAUGCUGCGAUGUUGGAAUUAUAAAGCAUCAAAGAGACCAGCUUUUGGAGAGCUAGCAGCCAUAUUUAGGACUAAGCCAGAGUAUAUAAAUAUCAAGCCAUAUUUUAAAUGAUGAACUCAUAUUUUAAGAUAACCAAUGCUUCAUUUUCUGAGAUGAGGCAUUCCUACUCCAUUGGUGCAAUGAAUUUUUAAGAGUUUAAUUUUACAAUCAUAUCUCACAAGCAGAGAAGGGCAUAAAUACAUUGAAAUGUAUUUAAAUACUAAAUACAUUAUUCUUGUAAUUUUUUCUUAAAUACAAGAUACGUUAUGGGUUGUACGGAUAUAUUUAAAUACUAAAACAAUACUUCCAAAUUGUAUUUAAAUACCUGUCAAAUGCAUUUUUAUAAUUAUAUACGAAUUUAGUUCCAAACAUUUUUAAACUGAUGUGUAUACUCCAGCCACCAGUUUCUGCUUUUCUAAUUUUAAAAACUUACUAUUAUUAUUAUUAUAAUUAUUUAUUUAUUCAUAGGCUAACUAUUGGCCAUUGCAACUACAGUAACUGAUAACUGUGUGUCUCAGAUUGGGGUAUUGGCAUAUUGCCGACUUUACUAAGACUUGUUACCGGUAAUUUGUUGUUUGGAUCAUUGUGGUAUUUAGUACUGUACCAUCAUUUCUUAGGUUUGUGCUGCAGAUUUCCCAAAUGAACUGUCAAAGUUAAAAUACUCAUAGUUGUCUGAGGACCGAGGCAGCGCUGCUACAGGCUAAUGCUUUACCUGUGUUGGUGGUGCUGCCAUAUCUGAUUGACAAUUUCGGUACAGUUAUUGUAAAAGUUUCGGAAGAAUUUUAUAACAUAUCAGCUGAAUGUAUACUGUAACUGUAUAAUAUAUUUACAAAUUUAUUUGAAAUUAAAGUAUAAUUAAAUACAUAUUUAGAUACCCGCUCAAAAAUGUAUUUAUAAAUAUUGUAUUUAAAUACAUUUAUGAGUAAUGUCAAAUAUAUUACUGCCCAUCUCUGCUCAUAGGUUAAUUGCCAAGAAUUUUAUUUGCAAAAGAUAUCUAGUCUAAGGAUCAUUGUUUUUGUUAAAAGGGGCUGCCCUUCUCUUAUUGUUGAUGUUGUUUGUUCCUUUAUACAGUACAGUGGUUUUAUGGGUCUUAUGUGUUUAAUACAAAGAUAAAAACACAACAUGUUGGACAAGUCUUGCAGUAUUUAGAGGUCGUAUCCAAAACUUGCUAGUAUCCAGAAUGAAAUGAUGCAACAUUUCAUGAUUAAAUUAUUUACUGUAUAUGAGCUCUAUACAGUAAACUUUCGAUAACUCGACACAAAUGGGACUCUGGCCUUGCUGAGUUAUCGAGGGUUUACUGUACAUAUUAUAAACGGUGAUAAAAUAAAAAACUUAAAUGUACAUCUAUUGUCUGACAAAGAUGGAUUGCUGCUCAAAUAAUGCUCCCAUUUAGAAUAUUUCUAAGGUUUUAUGUAAAUUACUUUUAUAUGCCAUGAAAGGCCAAUAAAAAUUUUCUAGUUAAA